UGCCCUUCUCCAUUCACUCUCAAAACAACAUUAUAUACUUUCUCUUCUUUCCAUAUUUUUCCUUCGGUCGGAACCCAAAGCAUAACACGUAGUACAAUUCAUUUGCAAACAUGGCUUUUUUCUCAUCUAAAUUGCCUUUGGCUCUCUUCCUAUCUUCUCUCUUCCUCCAUGCAGCAAUAUCCGAGCUGGUCUGUGAGAAUUUGCCAUCGAAUGUUUGCGCGUUUGCAAUAGCUUCGUCGGGGAAAAGGUGUUUGCUGGAGACGGCUGUGGGUGGGAAAGGAAUCGUGGAGUACCAGUGCAGGACAUCAGAAGUGGUGGUUGAGGGCAAGUCUGAAUACAUAGAGACCGACCAAUGUGUUAAGGCUUGUGGUGUUGAUAGGAAAGCUGUCGGAAUUUCAUCGGAUGCCCUUCUUGAACCCCAAGUCACUGCCAAGCUUUGCUCCCCGGAUUGUUACCAGAAGUGUCCCAACAUUAUCGAUCUUUAUUCCAACUUGGCUGCUGGGGAGGGAGUAUCUUUGCCAGAUCUUUGUGAGGGGCAACGCACUAACCCUCACCGUGCCAUGAGCGAGCUUUUGAGCUCUGGUGUAGCCCCUGGUCCCGUUGUUACUGAUCAUCAUUAUUCAGCGGAAUCAACGCAGGCGCCCUCCUCUGCUCCAGCUCCAGCUCCCCUGUAAUCAUCUUCAUGAUAAUGUGGUUUCUUGAUCAAGACCAUAUUGAUAUUCCUUUGAGAUUAGUAUAAUUAAUGAAUGAGGAAUAAUUAUUAUUAAUUCAGAUUGAAUAGAAAGUUGAGGGAAUGAGGUGUUCAUUCUUUUGUGAAUCGAGUGUGUUUGAUCAGGAAUAUUUCUAUCUAUGUAACUUUGUGGAAGAGUGUAUAUUUCGCAAUCAAUUUUAUAAACUAAGCUGGUUUUAUAUA